UAGCUCUGCAGCUUCAAGGUCUCAUUAAUGGAGGUUUCUAACUCUUGUUCUUCAUUUUCUUCAUCCUCUGUCGACAGUACUAAACCUUCUCCUUCUGAGUCUUCCGUUAAUCUCUCCCUUAGCCUCACUUUUCCUUCUACUUCUCCACAAAGAGAAGCAAGACAAGAUUGGCCACCGAUAAAGUCUCGAUUAAGAGAUACACUAAAGGGUCGUCGUCUUAUUCGUCGUGGUAAUGACACUUCUCUCUUUGUUAAGGUUUAUAUGGAAGGUGUUCCCAUUGGAAGAAAACUCGACCUUUGCGCAUUCUCAGGCUACGAGAGUCUAUUAGAAAACCUUUCUCACAUGUUCGAUACUUCAAUCAUCUGCGGUAACCGAGAUAGAAAACAUCAUGUUUUGACAUAUGAAGACAAAGAUGGAGAUUGGAUGAUGGUCGGAGAUAUUCCAUGGGAUAUGUUUCUUGAAACCGUGAGAAGACUAAAGAUCACGAGACCGGAGAGGAUGAAGGGUUUAGUGUCUACUGGUUGGAAAGGUCCCGUCAAGUUUAGGAUGCCCACUGCUGAAAACUUGGUACCAAUUCGUUUAGACAUUCAAUUCGAGGGUCAGCGUUAUAAAGAUGCUUUCACUUGGAACCCUUCAGACCCGGAUAAUGAAGUCGUUGUCUUUGCCAAAAGAACUGUUAAAGACUUGAAACUUCCUUCAGCAUUUAUCACUCAGAUUGCCCAAUCUAUUCAGUCUCAGCUCUCAGAUUUUCGGGCAUAUGAAGGACAAGAUAUGUACACUGGUGAAAAAAUCAUACCAAUUAAGCUUGAUCUCCGAGUUAACCAUACCCUCAUCAAGGAUCAGUUCUUGUGGGACCUAAACAAUUUUGAGAGUGAUCCUGAGGAAUUCGCAAGAACCUUGUGCAAGGAUUUAGGUGUUGAAGAUCCUGAAGUUGGACCUGCUGUUGCCUUUGCAAUAAGGGAACAACUUUACGAGAUUGCAAUUCAAAGUGUGGCUUCAGCUAGGGAGAGUAGAUUAAGUAAGAAAGGCCGCAGAGGAUCUGAUCAUGGUUCAGCGAGCAAGGCAAGUGGCUUGUCGAUGGACUUAAUGAAGUUAUUCAGCUUUAAGUCCAGUGUAGUUCGGAAAAGGAAAGACUUGGAUGUUUAUGAACCAGUUGUGGAUCUGCUAACAAGUGAGGAAGUUGAUGCGCUUGAAGCCAGGGCAGAGAGGCAUGCAAGGUAAAGAGUUUCGUUUUACAUGUAUAUUUAUUUCUUAGGGCAGGACUCAAAAAUUGAAGGAUAGUACGAACUCAAAAUAUGUUGUAUCAUGCUUCUUAACUAGAGUUUAUGAUAUUAAGACAAUCUUUUAUGAGACACUUAAUCCUCUAAAUGCAUCCGAUACCGGUGUGUAUGAGUGCCCUGGCCUAAGUCUG